AUGACGAAUGAAAAGUUGAAAAUUUCGUUACUCCAGCGAAGACGGUUCCCCAAAAGUUUCAGCCUACUAUCAAACCCACCACAUUUCCAGGAAGAUGGAUUCCACCAAAACGGAUCAUAAAAAGGCCAAUCGUAGUAAAAACACGAAGACCUCCUACUCGAACGCUUUAUCCAGGAUAUAGGAAUGUACCAAAAACGACUGAAAAAGAAGCCGAAGGGAGCAGUGGUAUGAAUACUGCCAAAUAUAUUGCAAUCAUUGUUGCGGUUGUACUUGUAGUUGCAGUUUUGAUGUUUGCAGCAUACAAAAUAAGAAGGCGAAAAAAUAAAAAGAAGAAGGAAAUUGCUGACGACAUAGAAAUACAUGGCAUCACGAGAUCGGUAAUGGUUAAAGAAGAACAGAACACAAAUCAAGUUCCACAGAAAUAUCAUUCUCACAAUUACGAGAUGAUAGAGCCCAAACAUCAAAUCACUACCAACCAAAUUGCUGAAGAUACUAUUGCAAAAAACUCAAAUUGCGGUAAAAAAAUUACAGACAAGUAUGAUACUAAAUUCACUGCCCAUAAUGUUAAAAAUGAUGAGAAGUUGAAUAAUAAUGCCUUAUAUCGUGAUAUAAAUCAUAAUGAAAAAAUUAAUAAAAAAGACGAGUUGAAAGAAGAGAAAAUACAUACAAGAAGGCAUGAAAAAAAUGACGAUAAAAGAAGGAAACCCACAAGAGAACGAGAUUAUUAUAAACGAAGAAUAAAACAAGAAGAAGACACAGAGUUAUCAAGAAUUAAAACUAGCAAAACACGGAAUGAAAAUCGGGAAAAACAAAGACGGAGGGAAAACGCUCCAUCCAGUUCUCGCAAAUUUGAAGAAAGAAAACGGGUAAAUAAAAGAAGUAAAAGAUGGGUAGAAGAGGAGAAAAGGACCUCCAAAAGAUCUAAUGGUAAAUCAAACGACAAAAGAGAAUCAUCAACUUAUACGAACGGAGAUGAUCAGAGACAAGCUAGACCAAAAUCUGGCCGUAGUAAAACCGGUACCUAUAAACGAUCGCGAAAUAACAAACGAAAUCCCAAAAAAAUCAUGAACGCAAUUAUUUGUGACAGAGCGUUUGCGCAUGUUGAGCUGGGAGGUAGUUUGAAAGUGUUGGGUUUAUAUGGAAUGGUCGCUACUUCUACCAGAAUACGAUAAAUUAAACAGGGUCUGUGGAAUUGAUAAAAUCCUGGAUUUUUCAAAAAUAAAACAUAGUCCUUAUACAGGGGUUGUACAUGACCUUCUUUUAAGUGAUAUAAGAUUAAGAUGUAUGUCAUACCAACAGCUCUGAGUCAAACCAUUUUUCUUUACAAAAGACAAAAUUGUUGUUGUGUAGUAUAUUUGUAUUUAUACAUUUUUCAUUAUACGUUUAUGCUAUCCGAGACUGUACUUUUGUCAAAUAAGAAUGCAGUAUACAAAAUAUAUAUUGUUUCCUGUUUGGUAUUUAAUAUAGAGGGAAAAUAAACAGAGACAUCUCGUAACAUUAAUAGACAAAAGAACAGGAUCCAAGGUCUGACUUUUAUGAAUAUUUCUAUCGAUAGUGUAUUUAGGUAUUGUAUAGUUUAGGGGUCGCUGCUGAAAAAAAUGCAUUUCUUACGAACGCGUGACUUCAAUAUCAAUAAUAAUAAAUCUACAAUAAAUCUGUCGACUAAUAAAUUAACUAUUCUACCCAAAAGAAAUACCGCUAUUAAAAUAUUUGCUUGAAAACUCUAAAAUCUCGAAACUGAGAUACAUACGUGGAUGAUUGAAACGUCAAUAAUAUCAUUGUGAGGCUUAUUACAAGAAUU